AUGGCGCGUUCCCCGACGUACGACCCUGCUGCGGGCAUGGGCGGGCUGUCCAUUUCGGAGGGCGAGGGCGUGUCGUCCAAGGCGGCGCGCUUCCCCGUGCGGCCCAGCCCGGGCACAAUCGGGCGAAGGGCCAACCUGUUCGCCAACCACUUCUUCGCCAGGUUCAAGCCGGAGCUGGAGCUGCACCACUACGACGUGUCGCUGACCCCUGAGGUGACGUCACGCGGCGUGCGCCGUGCUGUGAUCCGCGAGCUGGUUAUACAGUACCAGCACACAGAGCUGGGCCGCAAGCUGCCCGUCUACGAUGGCAACAAGAGCCUGUACACGGCGGGCCCGCUGCCGUUCCAGAACAAGACGUUCGACAUCCAGCUGCCCGAGGAGGAUGAAGGGCCCCGCGCAGGCGGAGCACCCGCGCGCGGGCGCGAGGAGCGCCGUUUCAAGGUGGUGAUAAAGAUUGCUGCGCGCGUGGACCUGUUCCGCCUGGACGAGUACCUGGCGGGCCGCCUGCCCGAGGCGCCGCAGGAGGCGCUGCAGGCGCUCGACAUCGUGCUGCGCGAGCAGGCCACCAUCAGGGACGUCCCCGUGGCCCGGUCCUUCUUCCACUCGGAGCUGGGCACUCGGCAGCUGGGCGGCGGCCUGGUCGCGUGGCGCGGCUACUACCAGUCCCUGCGCCCCACGCAGAGCGGCCUCUCCCUCAACUUGGACACGCUGUCGACGGCUUUCUACGAGCCGGUGGACCUGGUGGAGUUCACGUCGCGCAUGCUCAACCGCAACGUCCGCCAAGUCCGCGCGCCGCUCAACGACGCCGAUCGAGUCCGGCUGAAGAAGACGCUGGUGGGCGUCAAGGUGGAGGUGACGCACCGUGGCGACGAGCGUCGCAACUUCCCGAUCGAGGGCCGCCAGACGAGCGUGGUGGAUUACUUCCGGCAGCAGUACAACUACGAGAUCAAGUUCGACUGGCUGCCCGCCGUCACCGUGGGCCAGCAAAAGUCGUCCUACCUGCCCUUCGAGGUCUGCGUCAUCGUGCCCGGCCAGCGCUACUCCAAGAAGCUGUCGGACAAGCAGGUCACGGAGCUGCUGCGCGCCACGUGCCAGAGGCCGCACGAGAGGAUGGGCGAGAUCCAAAAGAUCGUGGACCGCAACAACUACAACAACGACCCGUACGUCAAGGAGUUCGGGCUGCACGUCAACCCCAAGAUGGCCAACUUCGACGGCCGCAUCCUUAACCCGCCCAAGCUGGUGUUCGGGCGGAAUGCGGAGGUGAUGCCGGUGAUGGGCACGUGGAACAUGGCCGGCAAGCAACUGGUGACGGGCAGCCAGUGCCCGACGUGGGUGCUCAUCAACUUCUCCCCCGCGCGCUGGGUGGACCCGGGGACCGCCAACCGCUUCGCCACCGCGCUCGCCAACACCUGCAACCAGCUGGGCAUCGAUGAGCACGUUGCGUCACUCUUACGAACACGCCUUGCGUUUCCACUGCACCUGGCUGAUGCGAUCUCCCGCGCUGACGUCACGCAGCAAAUGGCGCGGCAGCCGGCGACGGGGACGGUGGCGGCGGACCGCGCGCUGCGCGACCCGGACCAGCUGGCAUCCACGCUGCGCGGGGUGUGCGACGACCUGCGCAGCCGCAACGGGAAGAUGCCGGACCUCCUCGUCUGCAUCCUGCCCGACAUCGGGCCCUUCUACGGCGACAUCAAGAAGGUGUGCGAGACGGAGAUUGGCGUGCUGUCGCAGUGCGUGCUGAGCAAGCACGUGGGCAAGUGCCAGGCGCAGUACCUCUCCAACGUGGCGCUCAAAAUCAAUCUAAAGCUGGGCGGCCGCAACUUCUUGAUGGCGGACGAGUACGCGAAGAAGCUGCCCAUGGUGUCCGACAAGCCGACCAUCGUCUUCGGGGCGGGGCUCACGCACGCGCACCCGGGGGAGGAGUCCGCCUCCAUGUCCGCGGUGGUAGGCAGCGUGGACUGGCCGUACGUAAACCGGUACCAGUGCCGCGUGAGCAGCCAGCCCGCGCGGCUGGAAAUCCUGCAGGACCUGUACACGUGCAAGCGCACCGCGGGCGGCCAGAUGCAGCACGGCGGGGUCAUCCGCGAGCUGCUCAUCGCCUUCUACCAGGCCACCGGCCAGAAGCCCGCGCGCGUCAUCUUCUUCCGGGACGGUGUGAGCGAGGGACAGUUCCAGCACGUGCUUAUGUAUGAGCUGGACGCGAUCCGCAGGGCGUGCGCGAGUCUGGAGGCUGGGUAUCAGCCGACGGUGACCUGGAUCGUGGUCCAGAAGCGGCACCACCUGCGCCUCUUCCCGGGCGACCAGAACAAGGACCGCAGCGGCAACACCGUGCCCGGCACGGUGGUGGACACGACGGUGUGCCAUGUGCGCGAGUGGGACUACUAUUUGUGCAGCCACGCGGGCAUCCAGGGCACGAGCCGGCCGACGCACUACCACGUGCUGGCGGACGAGAACGGCUUCAGCACGGACCAGCUGCAGAACAUCACCAACAGCCUCUGCUACACCUACCAGCGCUGCACGCGCUCCGUCUCCAUCGGUCAGCGCCGCGACCCAGCGCCUUUCGGUCGCAUUCUAGACUCUUUGUGCUUCAUCUUCCGACGGAGAAUAUGUUGUCUUUUCUUGUCACCGAGCAUCCCGCCGGUGUACUACGCAGGCCUGGGCGCUUUCAGGGCCAAGUUUUACCUGGAAGGCGGAGAAAGCAGUGGCGGAGAAAGCAGCAGCGGCAUCAGCGCUACGGGGGGCGCCCCCAGCGCGCGCACGAGCACCGGCAGAAGCUCGCGCGCGCCCGCGCCCAUGCCGCCGCUCAAGGAAAACAUCAAGAAGACAAUGUUUUUCUGCUGA